AUGCUAAAUUUUGAUUUAUUCCUCAUUUUUGUUGAUAAAAAGAGAGUAAAAAGUAUUCUUCUGAUAUGAAAAAUAGGGGGAAGACCUCGAUUACCGAUUGCUGAAUUAUUUAAGCUAUUCAAAAGUACAAAAGCAGGGCGCAAGCUGAAAUAUUUUAGAGGAAACAAUGAAAUGUGAAUAAAUAAAUUUUUCAGACUAUUACAUAAGAAAUUAAUGAGAAAAGAUUAUAAUUCCAGAUUCAACGAUUUUUAUAAUUAUGUUGAAGGCAAGCUGCUAGAAAAUCCGAGAGAAAAUAGCUCAAUAAAUUAUUUGCUUGCCAUUCUUAGAUGCCCAUUGUGGCCUAGUAGUUUUUUGAAAAAAGAAGGAAAAGAAGUAUUCACUAAUUAUGAUAAGAAAAAAACUAAGCUGACUAUCGGGUGUUGCAAGUUAUUGAGAGAGAAAAUUUCUGGUUUUCAAGGGGUAAUAGAUGUAUUUGCAAAAUGCCUUCUAGGCCAAAUAAAAGGUAUACUAAUUGACCAAGAAUAGCCCACUAUGGAGCCAUUCUUGGUCUGCCAGAAAAAAUUCUGACAAAAAGAUCCUAAUCUGCCAUUACCACUGAGUUUUGGUGUUUCCAAAUUUUUUGGGCAAGCCAAAUGCAAUAAAAAAAAUUGCUCUUUUGCGAUGAUGCAUUUGGCUUGUCAAAAAAAUUUGGAAGCACCAAAACUCAGUGGUAAUGGCAGAUUAGGAUCUUUUCUGCCAUUACCACUGAGUUUUGAUGUUGCCGAAUUUUUUUGACAAGCCAAAUGCAUCAUCGCAAAACAACAAUUUUUUUUUAUUGCAUUUGGCUUGCCCAAAAAAUUUGGAAACACCAAAACUCGGUGGUAAUGGCAGAUUAGGAUCUUUUGUCAAAAUUUUUUCUGGCAGACCAAGAAUGGCUCCUUAGUGGGCUAUUCUUGGUCAAUUAGUAUACCUGCUUUGAUGAAUCAUUUUUGAGCGCAGCUUUUCAUCAAGAGUGUGAUAGUGUAUAUAAUAAAGAAAUAAGACAGGAAAUAUGAAAUUCCUUGAUUAUCGAUCAUCUUUCCUUUGUCGGAAUCGAAACUGAUGAAAAGGAAAGAAUGGAAAAAAUAGAAAAAUUAUUAUACAAAUUAAAAGAUAUAUUAGGAAGCUGCAAUGAUCUUUGUAGUUCUGAAACCUCGAUUGAGUCAUCUUAUUGCCCAAGCACUACAGUCGCUCAAACAUAUCCACUGGGAAAGAGCUCAGUGAGAGAAGGCAUAAAUAGCGAUUUUGGUACAGCUCUAGAGAUUGAAGAGAGCCUUAAAAACAAUAAUAAAUUUUUCAAUUUUUUAUCACCAAAACAAGAAGCCUCUGAACAUGAUAGUCAUAACAAAUUUGAUGCAACUCCUGAAACAGAUCCUACAGAAAAUGAUAUUUUUAAAAAUAAAGAAGCAGUGCAGCAGGAAUCUUGGAUGGAAAAUAGCUCUAAUCCUGAUAGCUUCAAUUAUGAUUGCUCAAUAAUGGGUGGAGAUAUAGAUGAAAUCUCCUUUUAUUAA